UCCCUUUCUUCUAAAUUUAUACAAGUCUUUUUAAGAAAAAAGAAGACCAGAUAUGAAUGCAUAUUCCUUAAAUUGCCAAUGAUUAUUGAAUCUCAGCAGUUAUCAAUUACGUAUUUAUACAUUGAAAGUAGAUCCUGAAAACUGACAAAUAUGGGGAUUUUAGGAACAAUUGGCUGGGGUGUAUUACUGAGUUCCAGCACUAUUGUGUAUGGUACCUACUCCAUCCUUGUUCAUCUUUGUGAAGUAAAUGGAAAAGUUCCAUUCAAGUCUUCAUCUGUUGUACUGAUUAUUGAAGUAGGAAAAUUCUUGGUGUCAUGGAUACUGCUGUUAUGGCAGACAAAGGGAAGCCUUCCAAAAGAUGUGACAUUUUUCUGUUUCCUUCAAUAUUCAGUCCCAGGCUUGUUGUACAGUGUCAGUAACAACCUCUCUAUGAUGAUGCAGGUUUAUAUGGAUCCUACCACGUUUCAGGUGCUAAGCAAUCUUAAAAUAGGCAUAACAGCUUUGUUGUAUUGGAGUUUCCUAAGAAGGCCCCUGUCUCUACGUCAGUGGAUUGCUAUAGGAAUUUUAACAACAGCAGGAUUCCUUGACAGCUAUGGAAGUUAUGUGUCCAAAGGGAAGGAAUUUUCUGAGCUAUACAUCACAAUUACAGGACUUGUCAUGAUUGGAGUCCAAUGUACCGUGUCAGGGAUGGCUUCUGUGUAUGCAGAGUAUAUACUUAAAAAGCAAAAAGAGAUGUCCCUCCACUUUCAAAACAUUAUGCUGUACACUUGGUUAAUUAUCAUUAACACUUCCUUUUGGAUCUAUGAAGAAACAGUUCAUGAAGAAAAAGACAUCACUAAGAAGUUUCACAUAUUCAGAGGUUAUUCAUUGGCUACUUGGAUGAUUGUUAUUACCCAGAUAUAUGUUGGUCUAGCGAUGUCCUUCAUCUUGAAACAUGCCAGUAACAUUACCCGCCUGUUUGUGGUGUCUUCCUCUCUGAGCGUGACAACCAUUCUAUCUGUGCUAGUCUUUGGAUUACACUUAAAUUCUUUCUUUUUCACAUCACUAGGAUUAUUAUUGUUAUCUCUGUAUCUGUUUCAUGGUGCCAAAUGAUUCUUGUGUAUUAUAUAUGGUAUUACAAAAUUUAACAGAUGUUGGUAUAUAUAAUUUUUUUAAAUGGAUGUGUAAAUGGCUUUGAUUUAGACAUUGUACACCCUACGUAAUAGUCACAAACAUGUUGUUUUGGGUUUUUUUCCAUACUUGCCAGAGUUAUAUUGUGUCUUUUAUAGAUUUUUUUUAUUUUAUUUUAUUUUGAAAAUAGUCAGCGUUUAUCAGCAUUUAUGUAGAUUUGUAUAGACUUAAUUGAGGUACCGGUAUGUGCCAAUUUUUAUGUGCAAAGUGUGUGUGUUCAAAUUUUCUUUAACAAGAAGAAUAAUUUACUUAAUUGAAUUUUUUUUUAUUAAAAAAUGAAUGGAUCAAUUAAUUUCAGCUGAGAGAAACAACAUUGUUUUCUUUAUUUUUUUGUUUUAUUUGAUAGACAAAACAUUUGCCCAAAAAAACUUUAUAGAAAGAUAAAGUUAGGAAUAAAAAAAAAUUGGAUGCUGCAUAGAUAAUAAAAUUGAUGAAGAUACAUGUUUAUAAGAUUUUAUAAAUUUCACAGUUUUUGAGGGGAUCCAAACAUCUUUUACAUUCACAUGUUUUACCAUAAUUUCCUCCUCGCUUCCAACAAUUUCAUUUAGUUUUAUUAAAUGGUUUCAGAUAUUGUUUUGUGUAAAAUUAAUUAUAUUCAUACUAGCUUUGAGGAAAUUUUCUUAAGAUGUGCGCUUUAAAAUCAUAACUUUAUUUUAAACAAACUAAACAAAUAUUAGAGAGAGAGAGAGAAAAGUUUAUAAGGAAGAAAAAUCAUAUUUUUUUGAAUAUCAAAGCUUUGAUGAUAGAAAAUAUUCAGUUUAUAUGUCAUUAUGCCAGAGGAAUUUUAAUUUUCUUGGCUUUGUUGGUUUCUACAUUACAUUAUUACCUAUUGACUCAAAGGCUGUAUAGAAUAUUGGUAUUUUAAUAGGUUAAGUUUUGUAAUUUUUUGUUACAUUUUAUUAUUCUAUGACUGGAUGCAAAGUACAGUUGAGCUUCGCUAUCCUCAUCUUCGCUAGCCAUGGGUUUCUGAUACGCUACUCUCCUCAUAAACCCUUGGCAUACGGUGCUGACAAAGGACGGGAUUGUUUUGUCACGUGAUCAUGAUUCUUACCAGGUACGCACAGAUUGCGUCAUCGACAGAAAUAAAAAGCGUAUUUAAAAAAAUUUUGUUUUUAAAGAAUAAUUAACAAGAAGGUAUUGAGUUAUGUUAAUUUGUUAUUUAAACAUGUAAAAAUGCAAAUCUACAUAUUCAGUAUAGAUUCUUAAUCACAUAUUUUGCACGUUGCUUUAGAAAUUGGAUGACACCAUAUUGCUAUUCAUAGAAUGGCAUGUUAUCUUACGGAUCAUUGUUUACUUGCAUUUUACAUUACCGAUAUUAAAGAGUCAAGAUAUAUCCCGAACGCAAAUAUCAUCAUUUACAAAAAACAAUUGCUGAUUGGUCGAACGAUGUCGAUCAACUCCAAUCACAACUUGAGAAAAAAAUCCCAACUUUUUUUAACACCGUAUGCCAAGGGCUUAUGAGGAGAGUAGCGUAUCAGAAGCCCUUGGCUAGCGAAGAUGCGCUAUCCUAAACUCUGAUAUCUUGAAUACCAUGGAUAUGUCAAACUGAUCUGGAAGUCCCAAGCACUUAUUCUUUAAGUGUUUUACCCUUGAUAUCUCGAAUCCUCAGAUAUCUAGAAGUUUUUUCUCUGCCCCAUCAGGUUUGAGAUAACAAGGUUUGACUGUAUGUGGAUUGUUGACUUCAGAACCGUAGCUCUCUGGGAAAGAAAAUUUAGAAAGACAUAUCAUACUCUGGUAUGUCUGUGAUUUUUCUUUUCCAGAGAGCUACAGUUCCACAGAUAAAAAUGGAAUGUUCAUGCCUUCAGUCUGUAUGCAUAAUUAAUGCAAUGACAUGUAAAAUUGUUGAUCAAAAUUUGCAUAUUCAGAAAUUCAAGCUAAGAAUUGCUGAAUCAUCAAAUAUAUUAAUUUUCUAUCAAAUAAAUUUAAAUGGAUGACUUUAAAUAGCAUGUAAACUUUGUUAUGUCAAAAAAUGUUGAAAGGUGAUAAAAACCAUUGAAGUUAAAGUAAGAUAUAAUAUUUUGAGAACUAUUUUGUAUCUUAGCCAUAUUAUCCUUGUGGAUAAAUUAUGCCUUUUAAUCAUUUUGUUGUGUGCCAUAUAUAAUAAGGAGAUUAAAUUUUCAUGGUUAUUGAAUUGCCCAGCAAAUUCAUAAUUUGUUUACCUUUUU